CUCGGUACCCCAUUGUGUUCCGACAGCAGCAGCAGCAGCAGCAGCAGCAGCAGCAUGAAAACAACUAGGUCUUCUUCAAAAUAAGCUGUUUCACAACUGCUCCACGCAUGAAACCUUCUUGCAACAUCUUGUUUCGCCUUCUCGCGCUAUAGUCAGUCUGGGCUUCAGCGAUCGGAGCGGAUAGGAGGCGAAUAGGGUCUUCCACUAACACCCUUGCACUCGUACUCCGACUCGUUCAUUCGUCAUCUAUGAUGUCCUUGUUCUCGGACAAGCGUCACUCAUCGAUCUUAGACAGGCGAGUGCGAUGCUAUAUACUCUGUACGGUACGCGCCUACCGCAAUCAAACUCUCUUCCACACAUCAUGGACAAGACGACUUCUGUCCUGGCUGCCUUUGACGCCGGAAAACUUCCUUCUACCCAACAAAUCCAUGCGUUCACCGAGUGGCUGCGCGAGUCCGUGAUCACCGCCGCAGAACCUUCGUCUGAGGAUCCCCUAAGCGAACAAGGACGCGUCUUCGCUGGCGACGUCCGUGGGAUCUUGGAAGCUUACGAGACUCUCCUCAAACACAAGAAUGGAGAUAAUACCCUGCAGGACGCCAUUUGGCACAUCACUGAGGGAGACGUGACUGGAGCUGUGAAGGCCAGCACCGACCCAGUCGAUAAAUCCGAAAUUAUCGACGACGCGCAAGUAACCCGCGAUUCUCUCCGCGCACUUCUUUCUAUCGCCUGGAAGAGCGUCGUUUCCGAGGGCGACUUUCUUCUCAAUGACUUUGCUUCUUUUGCCCGAUUAACGCUCGCCGACGCCGCCGAGGUGGUCCAGGGACAAGCGGGGCGAGCAAAGGAGCAGUUGAGGGAAAUCGAUCAGGAAGUGGAAGAAGGCAAACGCGAUGGUCUCGGCCGCGAUAAAGAUCGUCUGACGGAGGAGGAGGGGAACAAGCAAGCCGUGUUUGAGAACGGUAUGGACAAGGCAAAGAUGGUAGGUUCCAAGGCGAUUAGUGUUGGGCAGACGGCGGCAGAGAAGUCGAAGGAGGUUUCAGCGAAGACUCGCUCUCAGCUUGAGCAGUCAGUUCAGAACGCAAUCGAAAGAGCCCAGAGUGAUCCGGCGUACCGUGACAAGGUAUCGCAGAUCUUCGACAUCCUGCACAAAUGGGUUGUCAAGGCCCUCGAUGCAGAUCAUACGAAACCGUUCACUCUCGAUGAACUGGUCGAAGACCCAUCACCCGAUCGCCACGUUCAUCAGGCCCUCACUGGUUUCAAGACGUUCAUCAAUCGUUUCUCCGCGCCCGAGUGCACGAUUGACACUGUGCUUGACCGCGCCCAGAUCUUCCUUACUUGCAUUCGCGGUCAUGAAUCCACCGAAUUCCAAGCCUGGGUCGACCAAUACUUCGCUUACGCCCAACGUAUCCUCCAUGACUCUGACUACGCUCGUUCCGCCGAAGCGCAACAGGUUCAGCGUGGGCUGUCCUCGCAGUGGAAUGCGCUCCUCAAUGCUGACACAGAAGUCGGACACUCUUGGGCGGAGCUGCAACAGUCACUACUUACCUUUGCAAACGCUAUCGGCAAAGAUGAAGAUAUUGUUCAAUUGCGGGAAGCGCAUGCUCACUUCGGUAACAACAUCGCCCGCAGCGUUCAGAAUUCAGACCUGAGUGUCGUGGAGCGCGCCAUAUGGUUUUGGCGCGACUUAUUCACCGUUUACACCCCACGUUUGCUAGGUUUACUCAAAGACACUCCUAUCACUCGAACGGAAUACGUCGACGAAGAAGUUGACUUCGUGCUCGAAAAUCUGGAUGUCUCGACAUUCGAACUCAAUCCCGCCCACAUUUCGCUUCGGAACACCACAGAAGUUGACGUUCAGACCAGUCGCACCAAGGCAAACACGACUGACAUUGGUACCGUGACCCACAUCCAUCUGCGUGCUGUGCAGCUCGCGCUCAAAGACGCUUCAUUCUAUAUCAAGGCGAAAGAGGCCGGCAAGCUUAUUCCCAGCGAGUUUUCGGGUCUACUUGCUCUCGAAAUGCCACCAGAGGGAAUAGACAUCCAGAUCACGAUCCGCUUGAUCUCAUCUCCCGAUGAGCGUGCAAAGCUGCGCAGGUACCACCGUAUUGAAGUCGCGAACGUGCAGCUCUCGGAGAAGAUGAAGAUUUCCAUGCGCGAGAGCAACCAUCGCAUCGCGCUUGCGCUUGCGAAACCCAUCGUCAAGAAACGCCUGCGAGAUGCGCUGGGCAAGACGCUUUCUGAGCAGCUUCGUGCUGGGCUCGAAUGGCUCGAUUCCACUGCUUUCGACGUCGCGCGCCGGGCAGAGGUGUUUGCUGAUGCUGGUGCUGGACCUGGGCCGUCGUUUAUCAGCGCGGUGUGGUCUGAGAUUGGGCACCUAACGAAGGGCAAGAAGGGACCGGGUCUCCGCUUCACUGGCGCCGGAAUCGUUGUUGAAGACUCAGACAAGAAGUUUGCGAUGGGAGCUGAGCCACAGGUCCUGAGCGGAGAGAAGCAUGGUCCAGUCGCAGCAGCCUCUACUCGUCUGGGUGCCGCGAACUCUCUUGACAAGGGAAAGAGCCAGAUUUUGUCUUUCAAGCAAACUGUGGAGGAUAAGUCGGCUCGUGAAGCCGCUAACUCUGGUUGGCAGAGCCGGGCUUUUGAUCUUUGAACAUGCCAUUAUUGUGUAUCGUAGGUUCUUCUUCUCUAAGUAUUCUGUAAAACACACUGUAACACGCUUGAAUUGUGUAUCAGCCUUGGAGCUGGCUUGACUGUUUGACUCGCGAUCACCUGAUCACUCUCAGAUUUGUCUCGCUCUCUCAAGGCACCACUGUCAGUUUCGAGACGUCGUGCCUGCCUGCCUUUCGUCAUAUCUGACCUCGUCAUAGAUUGGUCGACUCCAUCAUACUCCAUGCCUGAUAAAAACGCACGCGAGGGCAUACAACUUUCUCUCUGUAUACCACAACUCUCAUCAUGGAUAAACCCACAUCUAUCAUCGCCGCAUUCGACGCAGGAAAACUUUCGUCUACGCAGCAGUUGAACGCGUUCAUCGAGUGGCUCUUGGUCACCGUGCUUCCCACGAACCGGGAUAACCUGAGUGAACCGGGACAAGCACUUGUUGGGAAUCUGCGGCAGAUCCUUGAGGCACACAAGGUGCUGAAUGAGAACAAGAAUGCCGAUAAUCUGGCGCAAGAAACACUAUGGCACCUCUCCCAAGGCGAAGUCAAUAAUGCGGUUCGCGCCAAUGUAGAUUUGGGCGACAAGAAACACGAGGUGUCUUCGGAUCAGCAGUCGACCCAGGACUCGCUGCGCACGCUUGUUUCCCUCUUCUGGGAAAGUGUCGUAUCCGAGGGAAACUUCCUGCUUGGGGACUUUGCAUCGCUAGCUCGUCUAUCCCUGGCCGAUGCCGCCGAAGUCGUCCAGGAUCAAGCGGGUCGUACGAAAGAAGGGCUGCGGCGCGUCGAUCAGGAAGUCGAGGAAGGGAAACGCGACGCCUUUGGACGAGACAAGGAGCGUCUCGAAGCGGAGGGCGACAAGCAAGUGAAGUUUGAGAAUCGGAUGGACUUGGUCAAGGAUGUCGGGUCCAGAGGGAUUGGGGCAGGGCAAUCGGUUUCCGGCAAGCCGCAAGAAAUGACGCAACAGACGAAAGAUCGUCUUUCAGGGUCUUAUCGUAAUGCACUUCGAAGAGCUCAAGAAGACCCCGCAUAUCAUGAUCACUUGACUGUUCUCUUCGAUACUCUCCACAAAUGGGUCGCGCGCGCGCUCGACUCUAGCCGCUCUCAACGUUUAGAUCUGGAUACCUUGAUUGACGACCCUUCACCCGACCAGCACAUCCACCACGCCCUCACUGGUAUUAAGACGCUGCUGGAUCGAUUUGCAUCGCCUCAAUCUUCUGUUGACGCCGUGAUGGAAAAGGCGCAGAUAUUUGUAUCCUCUCUGCGUGGCGAAGAGUCGAAACGGGUCCAGGCCUGGGUUGACAAGUACUUCACAUUUGCGCACCGGAUGCUGGACAGCGCGGAUUAUGCUCAGUCCGAGGAAUCGCAGCGUGUCUCCGAUGAGCUUGGACAAGAAUGGAGGACUUUGAUGCAUGCGGAUUCUGAAAUCGGGCAUUCUUGGACCGAACUCUCGACUGUCGCGCAGGCUUUCGGAAACGCCGUGGCAAACGAUGAAGAUGUCAGGCGUCUGCAGGAAACCCACGCCAAGCUGGCGAAGGAUCUUGCGCAAGGGAUUGUUGGCGAACAGUCAGGCAUGGGCAUGCAAGCGAUGGUGGACAGCGCAGUUUGGUUCUGGCGAGAUCUCUUCUCCGCUUAUGCACCGCGGCUGUUCUCGAUGCUCAAGGACAUACCCAUUCCGCGCACAGAAUAUGCUGACAAUGAGAUGGAGCUGGUUCUCGAAAACAUGGAUAUUUCCUCCUUCGAGCUCAACCCCGCCCACAUUUCCGUUCGCAGCACCACGGAUAUGGAUGUGCGAACAUCCCCUGAUGGGCCCAAUCAAACGAAGCUCGGCCUUUCCACCCACAUUCAUCUGCAAGCGGUCCAGUUGGCUCUCAAGGACGUCUCAUUCUGGUACAGAGACAACGAAUCAGGCGCGCUGGUUCCCAGCCAGGUCCACGGACUGCUCGGAAUGGAAAUGCCGCCCGAGGGAAUCGACAUCGAGCUCAAAUUCGCACUCAUUCCUUCAGCACGUGAUCGAGAGUCGAAGCAGCGGUACCACGAGAUCGAAGUCUCGAAGGUGAACAUCUCCGACAAGAUCAAAUUGUCGCUGCGGGAAAGCAACCAUCGACUUUUGCUUGCGCUCGCGAAGCCCAUGUUCAAGAAGCGUUUCCGGGAAGCGUUCAGCCGUGCGCUGUCCCAACAGCUUCGGAUGGGCUUUGAAACACUGGACGGCAUUGCAUGGGAUGUAUCGCGUCGGGCGGAUGUCUUCACGGACAGUGGUAUGGGUCGUGGCGCUGCAUACGUCAGCGCAAUCUGGUCAGAAAUCGGACGCAUGGUCCGCGGUCGCAAGAUGGGUCUUCGACUGACCGGCACUGGAUUCGUUCUGGAUGGCCCCGAGACGGACAAGAAGUUCGCGAUGGGGGCCGAGCCUCAGGUGUUGAGCGGAGACAAGCAUGGGCCCUUAGCUACAGCCUCACAGCCUUUGGAAAGCCGGGGCGAACGCAGGGAUCAGAACGAGUCUGUCGACGCGCAGAGUGCGGUCCAGGAAGGAAAGAAUCGGGUGCUGUCUUUCAAGCAGCGAGUUGAUGAGAAGUCUUCUUUGGAGUCGCAGAAUUCGGGCUGGCAGAGCUCGGCUUUCGAUAUCUAAAUGUUUUGUAGUCAAUUUGUACUUGGUGUCCUGUAAAUGUACCACUACCAGCAUGCUUUGUUCCGCUUCGUU